CCAGCUCCUCAGUGGCUUCAGCGCCACUGGAUUCCAGAGCUGGGUCCUCGGUGCAAUGAUUCCAACUCUAGGGAGCAGCUUCUGAAAUGAAGGUAUACAUUGUUUAGUGGAUUCAUAAGCUAAGAAGGGAUGUUGGGACUUGGAGAGAUGGCUAAUAUGUCUUCCUUUGACAGAGAAAUAAACUCAAAAUAGUAAUAAUGGGAAUGAAGAAAGAAAACAUGUAGAAGAUGAAAAGAAUAGCAAUAGAACUGAAAAUUUCCAACAGGGUCUCAAGAUCAGGCUCAAGUCUUUCAUGUUUUCAUCAAACACGAUCAGAGAUCAGGGAAGAUUAAACUACUCAUUACUCAUUGGAAGCCUCAGAACAAGGUACCUCCAAGAAUUGAUUGUCAAAAUCCUAUCCAAGCACACUUAGAAAACCUCUUCUUACCCAUCCUGACAUAAUGGAAGCUUCCCUCAACCAGCCAGCAUCUAAUAAAACCAGUGCAAAGAGCAAUAACUCUGCAUUUUUCUACUUUGAGUCCUGUCAACCCCCUUAUCUUGCCUUACUAUUGUUACUCAUAGUCUACACUGUGGUCUUAAUCGUGGGCCUCUUUGGAAACCUCUCUCUUAUCAUCAUCAUUUUUAAGAAGCAGAGAGAAGCUCAGAACGUCACUAACAUACUGAUUGCCAAUCUCUCCCUCUCUGACAUCUUGGUGUGUAUCAUGUGCAUCCCUUUCACAGUCGUCUACACUCUGAUGGACCACUGGAUAUUUGGAAACACCAUGUGCAAACUCACUUCCUAUGUGCAGAGUGUCUCAAUCUCUGUGUCCAUUUUCUCACUUGUAUUAAUUGCUAUCGAAAGAUAUCAGCUUAUUGUCAACCCCCGUGGCUGGAAGCCCAGCAUCUCUCAUGCCUACUGGGCCAUCAGCUUUAUUUGGCUCAUUUCCCUUCUGUUGUCUAUUCCCUUGUUCCUGUCCUACCACCUCACUGAUGAGCCCUUUCGCAACCUCUCUCUCCCCACGGACAUUUACACCCACAGAGUGGCCUGUAUAGAGAAGUGGCCCUCCAAAAUAAACCAGCUCCUCUUUUCCACUUCCUUGUUUAUGCUCCAGUAUUUUGUUCCUCUGGGCUUCAUCCUCAUCUGCUACCUGAAGAUUGUUAUCUGCCUCCGCAAGAGAAACAGGAAAGUAGACUGGAAGAGGGAAAAUGAGAGCCGGCUCAGUGAGAACAAGAGGAUCAACACAAUGCUGAUCUCCAUCGUGGUGACGUUUGGAGCCUGCUGGCUGCCCUUGAACAUCUUCAAUGUAAUCUUUGACUGGUAUCACGAGGUGCUGAUGAGCUGCCAACAUAACCUGGUAUUUGUAGUUUGCCACUUGGUUGCUAUGGUUUCUACAUGCAUAAACCCUCUCUUUUAUGGCUUCCUCAACAAAAAUUUCCAGAAGGACCUGGUGGUGUUAAUUCACCACUGUUGGUGCUUUGCACCUCGGGAAAGAUAUGAAAAUAUUGCCAUCUCCGCUAUGCACACAGAUGAAUCUAAGGGAUCUUUAAAACUGGCUCACCUACCAACAGGUAUAUAAAAACUGAUGAUGUUUUAUAGCAAAGCUCUUCUUCGAUGAAAGGGGAGGUUGUGGUGAGGAAAAUGGCAGAGUGCAGAAAGAAACCAAAACCAAAAAAUAUAGCAACUUUAUACUCAGUCUUGCUUCAGAUUAGCCUGUCUGUCUCAUAAGCCCCAAAGUACACUCUAACACACAGAGGCAUAAAUCAACCGUUUUGCCUUUUCUUAAAAGAAGAACUCUAAUAAUUCAACCCAGCCACCAGCAUUUUUGGUGGAGAAUAAAAUGAGAAAGCAGACAGAAAGGCAAGCAGUGGAGAUGGCUAGGAACAACACUCCCAGGGUCUGUUGUUCAGUGGAUUACCCACAGAAAUUAUUACUAAGGCUGUGCCUAGUGAAAGCAAUGCCAUACCUCCUUAGUAGUGAGUCACUUCUACUUUCAGGUGGAAACUGUAACUUUCACUCAAGUAACUUCAAUUUAAUUAGACAAGUCAUAAUUUAUUAAUCAGGUAACUAAUUAAGUUUACAUUAAAGCUGAAGGGAUUUUUUUUAAAUUUCAAAAUAUUUAUAGAAAAACAAUUUACCACAACAUUCCUAUACCACAAAUAUACCAUAGGAUUCUAAUAACCAAUAAAAAUAUACAAAGCCUAUCCUGAAAAUAUAAUUGGAAGUAUUUAAUAGAUAGGCCCAUGAGGAUAGAGCUGAGUAAUUUAAAAUGUUAGUCCUUGGUAACACAGACUAUUUGGUAAUUAACAAAGGGUGACUCUUGGCAUCAGACUGCAAUUAACUGGGAGGGGGACCAGCUUUAUAACCUGCAGGCAUGCCAAUUUAUUCUUUCCAGAAUUUAAAAAGAGGGGGAAAAAUUCAGGUUUCUAAAUCACAAAGUUAUCAUCUUAGGGAUCUGGGCCUGCUUCAUCUCUUCAGGUAUAUCUCCCAAUAAAGUCCCUCCUGAGAAUUUAGAUGCAUUGGCUCAUCCCUAACAAAACUGUAAAUAGCAGUUUCAAACAAGGUUAAAGUUGGGAAGUUUUAAAAAAGUAUUUAAAAUGAAAUAACCAAUUAGUUUUCUGUACUUUAUGUGAAUUUAGGUUUAUUUCCCCUCUCACCCAACAUGCAUGUUAAAAGAAAACCAAAAUUCAACACACAUUCACUUACCCACAGAUUAUCCAAGCUAAUGCUAAUUCUUGGAGUAACAUCUCUAAUGGCCAAGUCAUGAACCCCUGAAAAUAGGGGGGGAAACCCAGAUUGAAGGGAUAGUUUUAACAUAACAUUUGAACCAUGUAUUGUAAUUGCAAUUCAUUCCCAUGCCUGAAUCAGAUUCUCUAGUUUAUGGCAACAGUACAUUUUCUUUACUACAAUGCCAUACAUGUUAUUAGAACUGACCACAAAUUCUUUAGCACUCCAAUUAUGCUAGAAAUCACUUUAACUAACCUCUAAUGGCCAAUAGAGAUAGAGCUUCCAAUACAAAAUGGCUUUAUAUCCUGAAUUGGUUAUGUAUACUAAAUAAGGGUCAUUAUGACUCUUUUAUUAGGUCUAAGGGACUUCAUCAGUAGCAACUUUAUAAUUAUCCCCAGUUUUUUUAAAACCUUGCAUAUAUCUUGUCACUUAAACAUUUUUAAAAGAUCCCUCAUCCCAACAGAGUCACUUAUACAUGGGAAUCAGAUUGUUUUCAAAAACACAUGGGAAUAAUAAGAAUUCAUACCCCAUUUGAAACAAUUGUAUGAUAGAUGAUAUGUCAAGAUCAAUGUAAUGUUUUGAGCAACUAAUAAAUUUCUGAUGUUUAAAAAAAAUAAAAAUUUAAAAAUUUAAAAAAGAUGCUGAAAAAAAAGUUACUAAAUUACUGUUUAAACAGCCAUUUGCUCAGAGACUUUCAUUAAAUUCUCAUGAGCUUUAUCACUUCUUUGGAUGAAUCUCCCUUAUACCUAUAAAAUUUGAAAUGCAGCUUAUUUAUGUAAAAAUGUAUUUUCUUUUGAAUUCAAUAUUCUCUGAAUACCUGUGAUUUUUUUUCUUCUGGUGAAAAAUUUUCUCCCAUUCUGUCUUCC